AUGGACAUAGUCUCGCCAAUACUGGAGAUUUCUGGUGUAAAUCAUGUCAUCAAUAAACUAGUUGAUAAAACCACUAAUUAUUUGCAAGAUCAGUGCUACUGGGAAACCUACUUGCAAGAAGAAUUGAAAAGCCUCCAAGACUUACUUCCUCAGAUCGAAGCAGUUGUUUACUUUGCCGAACAUAGAUUAACUUCGUAUGAAUCUUCUGAUCGAGCAUUAAUUAAGUGGCUGUGGAAGUUCAGGGAUGUGAUCGACGAGGCUGAGGAUGUGCUGGAUGAGCUGGAAUAUCUUGAACUGGAGAGGAAAGCUAAUAGUGACAAAAGUUGGCUUUCUAGAAGGGUUGAUGCUUCUGUUAAUGCUGCAAAAAGAUUACUGAAAUUUGAUGAUGUUCUUGGGAGAUUAAGGACAUGCGUUAAGAACUUGAACACCUCUGCUUCAGAUGUUGAGAAGUUUUUGGCACUGGUGACUCCGACAGGUGGCGUCGGCACUGGACAAAUGCAGCAAGGGAUUCUACCAUUGUCUCAUCAAAGUAGGAUCACCUUUUCUUUACCUGUAUCAUCAUUCAAAGGGCGUGUGGAAGAAAAAGAGAAAAUCAUUAAGUAUUUGCUAGGAGAAGAAUCCGAAAUUCAAAUCAGUGAGAAUGUGCAUUGCCUUCCUUUGGUAGCGUUGGGUGGUAUGGGGAAAACUGCACUCGCUCAAGAAGUCUUUGAUCAUUUUAAAAAUGUGAAAAAGGAACACUUCGACAUCAAAAUCUGGGUAUGUGACUCCUUACCUGAUCUCAAUUCAUCAAAUCUUACGAAGAAAAUUCUAGAGUAUUCAACUGGCAGAUCUGAAUCUGGGCCAUUGGAAUUAAUACCAGAGAAACUCAAGGAAAAGUUACAUUCCAAAAGAUUUUUACUUGUCCUAGAUGAUGCUUGGGAUGACAAAAAUCAGAGAGAGUGGGAGAAACUAUGUGCUCCAUUGUUAUAUGGCCAAAAGGGUAGUUGGGUACUAUUAACAACUAGAUCAAAAUCAGUUGCAAAUAUGGUUGCAAGAGAAAUCAAAGGUACAAUGAUGCCAAUGAUGUUGCAGGGAUUGUCAGAGGAUGAAUGUCUUUCACUCCUAUACGAGCAUGCAUUUGCUGGUCAAGACCCAAAUGGAUUUCCACUGCUUAAAGAAAUUGGCAGAGAAAUAGUAAAGAAAUUGAAAGGUGUACCUCUUCUAGCAAAGUCAAUUGGAGGAGCGUUGAAUAGUAAACUAGAAGCAGAUCACUGGACAAGCAUUUUAAGAAGUGAAUUAUGGAAAAGGUCACAAGAUUCAACAUACAAUUUCAUUCCAGUUCUAACACUGAGUUACGUGAUGCUUCCACCACGCUUGAAGCGGUGCUUUGCCUACUGCAGUAUGAACUCAAGAUUACAAAUUUAA